CCACUCGUCGUCCCUUUUCACACGAUCCCGAACGCCUUCAGUCGCUGAAGCUACUGCUCAUAACAGACAGUCUGCUUUUUGCAUGCCUUUCGUUUAAUCCCUCCACUGCGACUUCGAUCGGCUCCACAGAAUUGAGAGUUACCCUGAUACCCACACUUCGACGUUGAAGUGGACAACCACCACUUCCACCACCACAAUGCCCGUCAAAUCACGAUUCACAAAGCUCGAUGCGUUCUCGAAAACGGUCGAGGAUGCCCGCAUCCGAACAACCUCGGGGGGCUUCGUCACAGUGUUCUCAAUGCUCCUGAUCAUAUGGCUGGCAUGGGGAGAAUGGUCAGACUACCGCAGGAUCACAAUUCAACCGGAGAUUAUCGUGGACAAGGCGCGAGGAGAAAAGAUGGAAAUUCACUUGAAUGUGACCUUUCCCCGGAUACCCUGCGAGCUACUCACACUCGAUGUCAUGGAUGUCAGUGGUGAUGUUCAGACAGGAGUCUUGCAUGGAAUUGUCAAGACCAGGCUGAAGCCCGAAUCCGAGGGAGGCGGCGACAUCGACAAGGGCAGAUUGCAGGUCAACGAAGUCGAAGAAGCGGCGAAGCACCUCGCGAGAGACUACUGCGGAGACUGCUAUGGUGCGCCGCCUCCUGCCAAUGCUAUCAAGUCCGGUUGCUGUAAUACCUGUGCUGAAGUCCGCGAGGCUUACGCCAGCGUGAGCUGGUCGUUCGGGCGAGGCGAGAAUGUGGAGCAAUGUACCCGUGAACAUUACAGCGAGCAUCUUGACGAGCAGCGCAAGGAGGGAUGCAGGGUCGAUGGUGUCAUUCGUGUCAACAAGGUCGUGGGCAACUUUCACUUCGCACCCGGAAAGAGCUUCAGCAACGGCAACAUGCACGUCCACGACUUGGAGAACUAUCUCACAGGCGGAGGAGACCACACUCCCUCUCACAUCAUUCAUCAUCUCCGCUUCGGACCUCUCCUGCCGGAAAGCUACAAGCACAGGGUUCGAGACACGGAGAGACAUUGGUCGAACAAUCACCACCUCAGCCCAUUGGACGGCUUCAGACAGGAGACGAACGAGAAGGCAUACAACUACAUGUACUUCGUCAAGGUUGUACCCACGGCCUACCUGCCGCUCGGAUAUGAGAACCUGCCCUCGGUCGGCGACUACCCACACGAGCACGCUCAUGUGGGCGAGUAUGGAAUUUCCCACGGCAGCAGUAUCGAGACUCACCAAUACUCGGUGACCUCGCACAAGCGACACCUCGGAGGUGGAGAUGCAAAUGACGAAGGUCACAAGGAGCGGCUGCAUGCUCGGGGAGGCAUUCCAGGGGUGUUCUUCUCAUACGACAUCUCUCCCAUGAAGGUCAUCGAUCGUGAAGUACGCGCGAAGUCUUUCUCAAGCUUCCUGGUCGGUAUCUGCGGUGUGCUCGGAGGUACCUUGACAGUGGCCGCUGCCGUUGACAGAAUAUGGUUCGAGGGUACUCAAAGAGUGAAGAAGCAUGCGAAUUAA